AUGCUGCCUUUAUUUCUCAUUGUGUCUAUGGCUAUCUUGGGUUCUACCAGUAUUUUGGGCAUUGUCUUGAAUUGUAUCAUUCUGUGUGUAAAUUUUGUUCAGAAGGAAAAAGGGAAGAGUCUUGGUCCUUCUGAACUUAUUUUGGUGACACUAGGAAUAUCAAACAUCACCUUCCAGGUUGUGAUGACUGCAAAUGACCUAAUGAUCAUCCUUGCAAGUGAUCUUUACUACUCUGAUGGAGUUUGUACUACUAUUAAAGUCUUGUUGUUCAUUCCUAUCUUCUCCAGUUUUUGGUUCACUGUCUGCCUUUGUGUUUACUACUGCUUGCAGAUUGUCAUUUUCACCCAUCCUUUUUUGAUGCGCCUCAAAAUGGAAAUUGCCACACUGGUGCCAUGCUUUCUUGUCACUUCAUUCUUUGUGGCUGUAAUUAUAAGUGUUCCGGUUUUCUGGAGCACCUACAGAGAACCAGUUAUUGGGAAUUUCUCAAGUAACCAGACUUUGGAAAUGAAUGCUCCAAAGUUGAGUAUCACAUACCUGCUUCCUACCAGUAUUAUUGGCAGCUCAUUACCUUUACUGCUGGUUGCUAUUUCCAAUGGAAUUAUCCUUAAGUCACUUAUGUCCGCUAGUAACAAGCUAGAGAACACAAGCAGUGUUCAGAGUCCACAUGCAGAAGCAAGAGAACGAGCAGCACGUACUGUUGGCUGUCUCCUACUCCUCUACAUGUCUUUCUACAUUUCAGAGCUCCUGAUGUUUACGAGUCUCUUCCCACCCAAUAGCCCUGGAUUUUGUGCCUGUCUAAUGGUUAUCUAUACCUACUCUCCAAUACAGUCCCUUAUACUAAUUCUUGGUAGUCCCAAACUGAAAAAGGUAUUACUGGGCUUAUUUCAGAUUUCUAUGAUGAUGAGCAAAGAGACUGAAACAAUAAAGACUAUUAGUUAAGAAAAAAAUGAGAACAUUUUAACAAACUGGUCACAAUAUCU